AUGCGGCUGCAGCGGGCCUGGGGCUGCCCCCCUUACAUCCCCGGUACCGGCACUGGCCCGCUGGUCACUGUCACGAUAGCAGACGCCAGCUGCACGGAGCCCUCGUGCUACACGCACCGCACAAACGAAAGCUACGUGCUGGCAGUCUCCUCCACCGCCGUGUCAAUCAAGGCGCGGACCAUCUUUGGCGCCGGGUGGGCGCUCUCCAGCAUGACGCCGCUCGCCCAAGCCAUCUGCCGGGUGGACUGCGUGCCCGUCAAAGUGGACGACGCGCCUCGGUUUGGGCACCGCGGCAUCCUGUUGGACACGGGGCGCAACUGGUUCAGCCCCGACGACAUCAAGCGCAGGCUGCUGGACCCCAUGGCCGCCACCAAGAUGAAUGUGCUGCACUGGCAUGUGUACGACAGCCAGAGCCAGCCGUUGGAGGUCCGGUCCCGGCCGAGCCUGUGGCAGCCCUACUCCCCCGCCCAGCGCUACACCCAGGAGCAAGCGCUGGACCUGGUCAGCUAUGCGUUCGACAGAGGCAUCCGCAUCCUGCCCGAGUUCGACCUGCCUGGCCACACCGCGAUUUUCGGGAAGGCCGACGCCAGCCUGACGGACUGCCUCAACUACAUCCCCUGGAGCGGCGCGGGCUGGCCUAAUGUCAUGGCCAACCAGCCCCCUGCCGGCCAGCUCAAGGCCGACAGGGUUGGGGUGGCCACCGGCCUGCUGCGGGAGAUGAUGGAUCUCUUCCCCAACAAAGUCAUCAGCACAGGGGCUACCGAGGUCAAUUUCAACUGCUGGAACGAGGCCACCAUCACUCCCGUGGAUGACGAGGGCUACCCCCGGUUCAGGCAAAAGUCACUGGCCAAGCUGCGGGCCUUCCAAACAAAGGUGGCAUCCGCCGUGAACCAGGCUGGCAACACCAUGGCUGUGUAUGACGAGAGCUUCACGGAGUUGGGUUUCAACAACUCCACGGCGCUACCUAAGGGCAGCAUACUGUUUGCGCGGAGCCAGCCGCAGCGUGCGCCUGUGAUGACCUCAAACGGGUACAACGUGGUCAUGAUGCCCGUGCGGCCCUACGACCUCGACUGCGGCCUGGGUACCGCCUCUGCCGCCGCCAAUGCGUGCGGCCCGCUCAACAGCUGGGCCUCCAUCUAUGGCUGGGACCCGCUGGCCAACUUCACCACAGGGUCGGUGGGGAUGCGGUCGAGAGUGCUGGGAGGCGAGGUGGCCGCGUGGUCUGAGCACCUGCGCCCCUCCGUCCUUGACUAUGUGGUGUGGCCGCGGGCAGCAGCGCUGGCAGAGAAGCUGUGGAGCCCCGCCAGCGCCACGCGGAACAUCACGGCAGCUGCGGCGCGCCUGAGGCGGCUGUCGGAGCGGCUGACGGCCCUGGGGUUGAACCCCUCGUCGCUGAGCUGGCAGAGCAGGAACUUCCGAUACAACCUGCUGCCGCAGGCAAGCCAGGGUGGCCGCAAUGUGACGCUGCCGUACUGCGAUACCGCUUCGCCGCAGUACAGUCACCUUGGCGUGGACUACUGCGCCCCAGCCGCAAAGUACAAGGGCGUCAGGCUGACUUUCGGCAACCUGGUGAUCGACUGA